AUAAGACUCAAGAGAGAAAGAUCUCGAUUGGAAUGCUCACCCGUCUUCGUGCUCUCGUCCAUCACCUCAACCAUAACCGCACAAUGGCGUCAACAACGACCUCCCAAGGCGUCCAACGCGUAGUCAACUCCAACCCCGCCUGCUGCUCCAUCCCGCCCGUCCAAUCCAACUACGUACCCAAAGGCACAUACACCUCUUUCGCAGGUUUUGAUUCAACAUACGUCACCGGCCCACCUACAUCCUCCAUCGCUAUCGUCAACGUAUUCGACAUCUUCGGCUUCUGGCCACAAACCCAACAGGGCGCAGACAUACUCGCCCAAACCCUCAACGCACGCGUCGUCAUGCCCGAUUUCUUCGCUCCCGACAAGCCAUUCUUUAAAGAGAAGUUCCCCCCGCAAAGUCAGGAUGAUAAGAACGACUUGCAAGCGUUCUUUGCUGGCCCUGCCAAGCCUGACAAAGCGGUUGAAGGGUUAGUAAGAGUUGGUGAGGAACUGCGUGCACAGGGAGCGGAAAAGGUCGGCGCGUAUGGACUUUGUUGGGGAGGGAAGGUUGCUAUACUUACUGGGUCUAAGGAGAAUACUCCGUUUGACGCUGUUGCGACGUUCCAUCCUGCCAUGCUCUCUGCGGACGAUGCAGACAACCUGCGCGUCCCCCUCGGUCUAUUCAUCUCAAACGACGAACCCAAAGCGGAGUACGACAAGAUGAUCGAGAAACUCAAGCAGAAGCCCUAUGCUGACAAGAUUGCAUACAAACACUAUGCUAACAUGUUCCACGGAUGGGCAGCAGCACGUGCGAAUCUCGAGGACGAAGAGAACAGAAAAGAAUUUGAGGACGCAUAUACAAACCUAACCGCCUUCUUCAAGAAAGCUUUUGAACGUGACCGCGGCGGUACCGAAACACGCGUGUAAUUCGCCGUGGAGAAUCAUAUGAUAUGCCAGUCGAAACGGUUGUCCCUCCCAGGAACGUUUCAUGUAUAAUCAAUCAAAAUGUAAUAGUACAUUCUUCUGAUAUAUAUACAAACUGUUGUACUU